AAUAAUUAAAGUACGUGCACUAAAAAUAUACUAUAAAACUGUAAUUUAUUUGUCUAAUCUAGUAUUAUGUCUUGAUGAAAAUUUAAUUUGUAAUGUCUCCGAUGCUACACAAUCAUUGUUUUAAUUAUGUUACAAAUUUCUUUGUAGGUUCGGACCACGCUUCUCCACGCGCGUACGUAUACACGACACACGAGACACAAACAUACACAUCAUGAGCGCACGUGUAUCAGACGCGAGUAAAAGCAUAAGGAGAUACGUAAAAUGCCACGCCUCCCACUUAUUGAGAAAUUAUUAAUUACCAAUGCAAAAUUUUGCCGAAUUAUUGCUGAUAUAUUUUUCAUUCAUCAGUACAAAAUGUAAUAUCAUCUACAAAGUUGUUUUAUAAAUGUCAUUCUUAAUAACAUGUUCUGCAACGUGUCUCUACACAACGUGGUCUACCAAUCAGAUUUUCACGAACAAAUAUGUUAUGUUGUAAUAAAAAGGAAGAAUUAUGCGUCGACAAUAGCAACUAUGCGAAUCAUGAUAAUAUUCACAUGAAAAGAGGGUGCAUAUUUGAUUGUCACUUUGGUUUGUGUCGAAAUAACGAAGCAUGUUUCAUUCCUAUGGGUUGUAAUACCCUCCAAUCAGUUAAUAAUGUUUCAAUAAGCACAUGCUUAGAACCUUGUCAAUGUGCUGAAGAAAUGGAAUGGAAUUGCUUUACACCACCUAAACCAAGUUGUAAAUGGCUCAAUAAUUUUUGUGAGUUACGUCGCCAAUGGAGUAAUCAUGCUCGCCAACAGAAUUGUAGAUGUUGCAAUUGUAAACAGCGGCAACGAAUUUGCAAAUUUUGAGUACCCGUGAAACUUAUGGUUAUGGAAUUAUUACUUCUAAUAAUUCUAAAUUUGACCAUUUUUUUUCUCAAUUUAUCAAAUACAAAAAUGAAGAGAUAUCACUAAGGAAGUAAUUUAUUGAAUCAUUACAUUCAAAUCUUUUAUGCAUAAAAUGUAACAAGAACUAA